AUGGCGGAAUAUGAGUUGGUUACGCCUCCCCCACCUACUCGAUGUCGUGUAGUCAUCGAUCCGUCGCUCUUAACGCGUACGCAGCUUUCCCAGGGGCUCAGCCACAGCCUGAUCGCGCUGCCACGUGGCAUUACCACCGUCAGCCAGCUGGCAGCCCACGUGAUCGACUCGUUCGGUCUGCAGGAUUCGUGCAUAGCGGGAGUGGCUCUACAGGUGGACGGAUUUGUGCUGCCAGCGUGGCAGCCCCUUUCUGUGUUGGGCCACGAUGACGUCAUCAGGGUUUGCCAAAUUGACCACAAAAAGCCACUUACACCACACACCAACUCCACUCCUCAGCACCGUAACCCACCGCUUUCGCAACACCCAGCCUAUGCUUCUCCUCAGUCGCACGCCCUUCCCCGUGUGGGCGACCCUUCCCCAGGUCCCACCUCCCCGUUCCCCGCCCUGGGGUGGGUGGUACCUGGGGAGGGUAAGGAAGGGCGGAGUGAGGGGGAUAUCAGUGGGAAGGGGAAUAAGAGUGGUAAGAAGCGAAAGGAGGGAAGGAGGGAUGAGGAGGGAGGGAGGGUUGUCUUAGAGAGGGGGGUGGAGAAGAAAAAUAAGAGAAGGGGAGUGAGGGAGAGGUUGGAAGGAAGAUUGGGUGGAGAGAAAGGAGGGGGUGGGAGAGAGAGUGGGAAUAAUGAGAGAGAUGGAGGUAAUAAAAUGUGUGGGGGCAAGGAGGAGGGAAGAGGCGUGAUAGGGGAUGGGGGAGAGGAGGCCAGGAGUGGGGAAGGAGGGAAGCUUCCGAGAAACGUGGCAGAAGAUGGUGUUGGGGGAGUUGAUGAGGGGGAGACGGGGGAUGGGGAGGAGGAAGAGGAGGAGGCAGAGGAAGAGGAGGAGGCAGAGGAGGAAGAGGAGGAGGCAGAGGAAGAGGAGGAGGCAGAGGAGGAAGAGGAGGAGGCAGAGGAAGAGGAGGAGGCAGAGGAGGAAGAGGAGGUGGUGGAGGGGGGAGACUCUGGGGGUGAGAAGGAAGAAGGUUCUUCUGAGUCUUCUGAGGAGGAAGAGGAGGAGUGUCCUGACUCGAGUGAGGAGGAGGAGGAGGAGGAGGAGGAGGAGGAGGAGGAGGAGGAGGAGGAGGAGGAGGAGGAGGAGGAGGAGGAGGAGGAGGAGGAGGAGGAGGAGGAGGAGGAGGAGGGAUCAAGUGAGGAGGAAGGGGAGUGUAGUGAGGAGGAAGAAGAGGCCGGUUCGAAAGAGGGGAAGGGGAAAGGGGAGGGUAAGGGAGAGGAGAAGGAAAAAGGGAGAGGAACAAAGAAAUCAGAGGUGAAGAAAGGAGGGGCGAAAAGGCAUGCAAAAAGGCAUGAUGGAGAAGGAGGGCGUGAGGGUGGCGCAAGGUUGAAAGACGCUGUUGCAGGGGCGGCAGGAGCACCCCAUGCUGCUGCUUUGAAUGUUAGAAAGGGCCCUUCACGCAACACGAUCCGGAAGAGGGCGAAGAGAAGAUGGCUGGCGAAGCAGCGGCAGGCUGCAAAGCCCAUAAUCAACAUGGGCACAGUCAAGAACAAGCGGCAGGGGCAGGCUCAGCCUGGUGAUAUACUCGCAUAUCGCAUCAUCGCUCUCUCACCUCUCACCUGGACGCCUGAGCCCUCAUCAUUGCGGCAAGGCCUAGUGGUUAAUUUCGACUCCUCCUCGUCUCUCAUACACCUGGCACCUGUGGGCUCUGUAACCGCACCUGGCGGGCUCUCAUUGGCUGAGGCUGGUGGCACAGCUGGCGGGGGUCUCCCAUUGGCUGAGGGCGAGGGAGGUGAAGAUGAGGUGGGGAUUGAACCGCCCUACGAUGAGAUGGGUCAUCUGGAGUCAUGA